AUGUCAGUCCGACAGAUUCUGGCUUUUCUCAGCGGCCUGGCUGGUGUGGGUGCAACAAUCGCUGCCACGGUGUCCAAUGAAUGGAGGGCCACCAGCCGGGCAUCCUCGGUUAUCACGGCCACUUGGGUGCUCCAGGGGCUGUGGAACAACUGUGCUGGGAAUGCUAUCGGGGCCCUUCACUGCAGGCCUCAUCACACGAUCUUUCAGCUGGAAGGCUACAUCCAGGCAUGCAGAGGACUGAUGAUUGCUGCCGUCUGUCUGGGCUUUUUUGGUUCUAUUUUCGCCCUCGUUGGGAUGAAAUGCACCAAAAUUGGAGGAACAGACAAAAGCAAAGCUAGGAUUGCCUGCUUUGCUGGAGUAAAUUUCAUUCUCAGUGGCCUGUGUUCACUGUCAGCGUGCUCCCUCUAUGCACACAGGAUAACAUCUGAAUUUUUCGACCCAAUGUUUGUGGCGCAAAAGUAUGAGCUCGGAGCUGCUCUGUUCAUCGGCUGGGGAGGCUCUGUCCUCUGCAUCCUCGGAGGAGGCAUACUCUGCUUCUCCAUCACAGAUUCUUUCUCCAAAAGUCACAGUCAGGCCACUUAUAUCUACAAAGGUGCCGCCUCACACUCUCAUAUCUCCUACCCAAGAGGACAGGCGAGGUCUAUAAACCAGAGACCGCCUCCGGAAUACAGCAACUCCUCCAGGAUCCAGCACUUCGAUAAGAAUGCCUAUGUGUGA